UUGGUUCUUUCAAGACGCAUGCGUCGGCUGCUUGGCAAUAUGGCAACAUUUGUAUUAGCCAGUGAUGUGUUAGACAGCAUACAGGUAGUGUUGUCCGUUGAUUGAAUUUUUCUGUUUGGUGUGAAUUCGUGAUAACGAUGAGCCGGUUACGUUUUCGUGAUGAAAAUAACCUCACAGAAGCGGAAAUGCUGAUGUUACUUGAAGAGGAUGAUACGGAAUACGACGCGCUGAUUGAAGAAGAUGCCGCAAGUGAUAUUGAAGAUAACGACCAUGUAUCUGACCAAGAAGAAGUUGAUGACCUAAUUUGUGCAAAUGAUGAAGAAACAGAACCGCUGCAGGUUGACCAAUCGGACUCGUGUGGGGAUAGUGAUCCGUUUUAUAUUGCCAAAGAUGGUACACAUUGGUCUAAGUUACCCGUAAAUAAAAUUUCUAGACGUUCGCGAGCAAAUAUCCUUACCGUUGCCCCAGGGUCAAAUUCCAAAACAUCCAGCAUCAAAGACGCAUUUUUUUUAUUUUUUACUCCAGAUAUACUGGAAAUCCUUGUGCGGGAAACCAACCGUAAAGCUCGACAAUAUUUUGAUGAGUGGAAUGCUGCAAAUCCCACCCGUACCAAGAAAUAUGCAGCAACCAAUGACACUGAAAUUGAAGCAUACAUAGGCUUAUUGAUCACCAUGGGAGCAUUGCAAGCAAGUAGGGAACCCAUUGAAAUGCUUUUCACUAGUGAUCUCGCGUAUUGUCGGCCCAUUUUUCCUGCAACACUUUCCAGAAAUCGAUAUAAUUUCCUAACAAAAUUCUUGCGCUUCGAUAAUUUUGAGACGAGGCAAGAGAGAAGACUUAUCGAUAAAUUGGCACCUGUAAGAGAUAUUUUUGAAAAACUGGUGUCAAACUGUAAACGUGCGCUCAACCCAAGUCAUCAUUUAUGUGUUGAUGAACAACUAGUGCCAUUUCGAGGGAAAGCACCAUUUCGAGUCUAUAUGAAAAAUAAACCGGCCAAGUACGGAAUUAAGAUUUGGGCUCUUGCGGAUUGUGGUUCGAACUAUACUGUGAACAUGCAGGUGUAUUUAGGAAAAAUAAACAAUAAACCAGAAAAAAACCAAGGCGAACGGGUGAUCCUUGAUCUUGUUGAACAUUUAGGUACAGGAUACGGUAUAACAACCGACAAUUUUUUUACAAGCCUUAAGCUGGCUGGUAAACUCUGGGAAAAAAAAUUAACGCGCUGUGGAACACUUCGUAAAAAUAAAACAUUUAUACCCAGAGAAUUAUUGCCCUCUCCAAUGAAGCCAGUAUUGUCUUCUAUGUUCGCUUUCAAAAAGAACCGCACUUUGGUUUCAUACGUGCCAGAAAAAAGGCGCGCAGUUCUAUUACUUUCCAGCGAACACGAGGAUGAUAAAGUCAAUAGUAAAGAUGUGGACAACAAACCAGACAUAAUCUUACAUUAUAACAGUACUAAAAGUGCGGUAGAUGCAACAGAUCAAAUGGCCCAAAAGUACACCACGCAAAGAAAGACUGCUAGGUGGCCUAUGGCAAUAUUCUAUCACAUGAUUGAUAUUGCAGCGAUAAAUGCCUUCAAAAUAUGGGUGAUGGCUAAUCCUGAAUAUGAAAAGGGCCAUUUAGAUGCAAGAAGAAGGUUUCUGCUACAAUUAGGCAAAGAUUUAUCUAAGGAUCACAUAAUGUUUCGUUAUAAAAAUAAUAAUGGUUUGAAGGCGAAUAUAAAAGAAUGUAUGCUGAAGGUUUUUCCUGAAAUGAAAGAAGAAAGAACACCACAAGAACAACCAGAGGCAACUCAAGGUCGAUGUUAUCUUUGUACAAGAGUCAAAGACCGAAAAUCAAGACAGUUUUGUAUACAUUGUUGCCAGUUUAGAUGUCUAGAACAUUCCCAAAAACAAGUGUUAUGUCUAACAUGUAAAAAUAAACAAUAG